CAUUCACUCAGUCAGUCAGCGAAGCUUGCCAGAGCGCACGUUACGUAUCGCACGAUUUUUUUUAAAGCAAACCGUAUCAUUAUUCAUAACAAAAUAAUACUAUAUUCUAUAAUCUUCCAAGUGCUCGACGAUUUUACCUAAUUCUCAACCAAUUUACCCGCAAGGAGAACAACAGUUACCUGCACACCAUUAGAGGACAUCAUUCGAACCACAAUGCUGAGGUGUCUAAUUGUGGUAUUGUUCGUCGUUUCGACGGUUACCAGCCAGUGCUUCUACAAAGAUGACUCUUCUAAAAAACUGAAUCCGGAGGCGCGGACCGCUUUGUAUAACGGCCAGUUGGGAUUCACGUUAAAUCUUUUUAAUACAAUCAACGACGCUGUACCCGAUGACAACAUAUUCUUCUCACCUUUCUCGGUAUACCACUCAUUACUACUUGCGUAUCUCUCAUCCGGCGGACAAACUGAAGAAGCUCUGAGGAAAUCUUUAGAAAUCGAAGAUGGAUUGGAUAAGAUAAACUUAAUGACUGCGUAUAAAGUAGACAAACGAGCUCGCGGUAUAAACAACAACAGCGAUAGUUAUGAGUUUACGAGCGCGAACAAACUGUUCGCAGCUGAUGAUCUUAAUGUGCGACAAUGCAUGCUUGAUCUCUUUGCCGAAGAUCUCGAGACUUUGAAUUUCCGGGAAAAUCCUGGCGCUGCCCGUGACUACAUCAAUAGCUGGGUGUCUCGUGUUACCAAGAACCAUAUAUCUGAUUUAAUACCCGCCUCUGGGAUAUCUCAGGCUACUAGACUCGUCCUGGCCAACGCUGCUUACUUUAAAGGUGUUUGGGCGUCUAAAUUCCCUGUCGAGAGAACAAGAAAAGAAGCUUUCUUCGUUUCGGAAACCAGACAAACUCUUGUUCCGUUCAUGAAACAAAAAGGAACUUUUCAUUAUAUGGUGAGCGAUGAACUCGGCGCACAGAUUUUGGAGCUUCCGUACAAAGGCAGUGACAUCAGCAUGUACAUUCUACUACCGCCUUACUCUAUGAAGGAAGGAGUGAGUAAUAUUAUCGCUAACUUGACCCCCGAGCGUCUGGCUGCUGUGGUAGAAGAGAGCUAUAUGGGCAGAGAAGUCAUCGUUGAGAUUCCUAAGUUUUCCAUGGAGAGGUCGCUACCACUUAGAGAAAUCCUGGAAAAACUUGGGGUCGGAGAUCUGUUCAAUGGAACAGCUGACUUCAGUACGUUGACAGAGCAACACGGCAUUCUGUUCGAUGAUGCUAUACAUAAAGCAAAGAUUGACGUUAACGAAGAAGGUACUGUGGCAGCAGCUGCGACCGCCAUCUUCGGGUUCCGUUCGUCUCGACCUGCAGAACCGACCCGCUUCGUUGCCAACUUCCCUUUCGUAUACGUUCUAUACGAACGUCCAACCAGUUCUAUUUUGUUCAUGGGCGUUUACAGGGAUCCUAAGAAGUAUUGAUUGCUUAAUGUGUUUGUGUGUAUGCGUUAACAGUUUUAAUUCGAAUAUUUUUUGUGUGUAAAUUACAUAUUAACCAUAUCGAAGCUUGAACGGCAAACGUGACUAAACGACAAUAACUGCUUUGUACAUAAAUGAUAGGCAAUAACCAUAUUCGAUGUGUAAAAAAAAUUAAUUUCUAGGUCUA